UUGCAUCAGCUUUUAAUUACUCUGUACCUAUUCACACUUUCCCUGAUGCUUGGAAACAAAUAGAGUGACACUUUCUUUUUCCCUUUCUUUUUCUUUUUUAAUAUAAGGGUUCACUAUAUAUAAGGGUGGUUUAUAAGCUAUGGAUACUGAGAUGCUGAAAUCUGUUCCGGAGGACCAAAUAGAUGUGCUGAUGAUGAUGCAGACGGACGAAAUUUCCGAUUUCGAUAUCGUCCCUGAAAUACCACUACCCCAUGUGGAAUUUCCGCAAGAAAAUAAUAUUAGCACCAGCAAAAUAAGUGUCCUGCAUCACUCUACUGAAAACUCAUCAACUUUUAUCAACAGGCCAUCGGACAAUAUUUGUUUCGCAGGCUAUCCAUCCGGUCAAGAAUCUGCGGAGCAUCGUAUCUUAUCUAACUCGAACAAGGGGCCGUGGAGGAACGAAGAGGAGUCUCCUCGCCAAGAGGAGAAGCAAAACGCGAUGGCUGGAAUGAAGGAGAUGAUAUUUAGGAUAGCGGCUAUGCAGCCGAUUCAUAUUGACCCUGAAUCAGUGAAGCCACCCAAGAGAAGGAAUGUGAAGAUAUCAAAAGACCCUCAGACCAUAGCUGCAAGACACCGCAGAGAAAGGAUUAGCGAGAAACUUAGGAUACUGCAGAGGCUUGUUCCGAGAGGGACAGAGAUGGACACAGCCUCAAUGUUAGAUGAAGCCAUCCACUAUAUUAAGUUCUUGCAGAAUCAGGUGCAAACGCUGGAAAGGACGAAUAGGCCAGCUCCGGGAAUAGGGUCUCCAGUGCCAUUGUCGAGUGCGAGUUUCAUUCCUAUGCAGCAGGCAACAAAAGGUUACCAACAGUUACUAGACAAAUAACUGAAGACGUGGUAGUGAUAGUGUAAAUGCAAGUUUCUACUGAAAGCUAAAGAGCCCCUUAAUCAGCAACUCUUGUUGUAUAGUCUUAACUUUCGAAGUUUUGAGUUUUUUUGUUUCUGUUGAGGUUAUGUUGCUGUGAAAUAAUAUAGACUACCAGUUAAUUAA